GUGCUUUCUCAACAAAGACAGGCAACUGACAGACAGAAAUGCUAUAGCUAAUGCUAAAAGCUAACACUGAUGCUAGCAAAUCAGGGGGGGAAAUUGAAUAUUUUCUCAGACGUUAUUUUGAAUUCCGUCAAAAUGCGAACACAAAAACCCGACCGUAUAAAUGAAAUGUAUACAAACAUUCAACCUGAAAUUUUAGCUAAGCUUUAAGCUAACGACAAAGCUAAACAAGGCUGUCAAAGCGCACUCGUGCGUCACUACCUGACCGCGCAUGCGUGAACACUGCGCACGCGCGCUUCGUCGAAUAGAAUCCCAUGUUAACGUUUUUUAGCUACAAUAUAAGAAAAACGUCUUAAAGCUUCGUGAAGCUCAGGCUUCAUGUGGGUUAUAAAGAACAGUAUGAGGACUGCGGUGAGCUGACAGUGUCCCAGUGGACGAACAGGUUAUGAGGCAUGGUUGUCUCAUGUGAUUAGCGAUGUGAAAGUGUUCACAUUCGCCGCCACCGUCGUUCUUCUCGGGAGCAGAUUUUUGCCACACAUUCUCUCACAGGGAAUAUCCAGGAUGAAGAAAUUUAGUCUAACCACAAUCAGAAAGUCAUUGAGCAUAAAAGGGAAAGAAGAGAAUGAGUAUGCUGUGUCUCAGCCAGACCUUUCGACUUCUUUUCCUUCAGAGCCUUCUCUUUAUGGAGGCUGCUAUAGCAAGGACCUUGUGGGUGCCACCUUAGAUAACGGGGAAUUGAAGGAAUCGAAAACUCGCUCUAAAAGCGAGGGUCUUAUGGGAACCCUGAAGAGAAGACUAUCAACGAAGCAGAAACCAAAGGUCAAAGCCAGUUCUCCAUCUGUUUGCUCGAUCGAUGAUGAUGCGUUCUCCUCAUCGUCGGAGCCCAUCACGUUCCGUGACUUGAAAUCCCAGCAUUCUUCUCGCUCGACAUCUUUACAGAACCACCAUUACAGCCCGACGCCAUGGCCGCUCAGAGUGACGAACUCGGAGGAAACAUGCAACUCCAUGGUCAACGCUCUUAUCCCGUCCAGCAACUCUACGUUGUCUCUCCAGAAAAGCUUUCUGGGAGACGAGAUGUUUGACGGUCAGAGCCCUGACCCUCAAAAUGGCGAUCUAGAGAUGGACGAUCACGUGCCUGUAGUCAUUGGUCUCACAGCUCAGGAUUACAUUCAGUAUGCGCUGCCUUUAGACGAUGGACUUUUCUCUGAUGACGAAGCACCUCGGUCUUAUUGCCUGGACGGAACGUCACCAAUGGAGGUGUUGCCUCAGAGUGAGUGUUCUCUUCAUUCCGAUGAAGACGCCAUCAGUCACGACCUCCUAUCUCCUGAGGUUUUCAUGGAGCCUUCAGUAAACCGUCUCAUUCUGAACACUGCUAACGUUCUGCUGCAUAGCUCACGCCUAGAGUCUCCUCUGCUACCUCCACUUCCUGUAAGCAGCCUUCCUGGGUUUGGUGGCACCCAAGUAGCUGAUUCAGUUCUUGAACAUCUAAGUUUUGAUCCGAACUCUGCGCCAGGAGUCCAGCGGGUGUAUGACGCUGUGCAGACCAGCGGGCCAAUGGUAGUCACGAGUCUGACGAUGGAGCUGAAGAAACUGGCCAAGCAGGGAUGGUACUGGGGACCGAUCACACGAUGGGAAGCUGAGGAGAAGCUCGCAGACCUUCCAGAUGGUUCCUUUUUGGUUCGAGACAGUUCAGAUGAGCGCUAUCUUCUAAGUUUGAGUUUUCGUUCUCAAGGAAAGACACUUCAUACUCGAAUCGAGCAUUCCAAUGGCUCCUUCAGCUUCUAUGAGCAGCCUGACAUGGAAGGCCACACCUCCAUCGUAGAGCUCAUUGACAACUCCAUCAGGGAUUCGGAAAACGGUGCAUUCUGCUAUUCCAGAUCGCGCUUACCCGGGUCUGUCACCUAUCCCGUCAGACUGACCAAUCCCGUCUCACGGUUUAUGCAGGUGCGAUCGCUGCAGUACUCGUGCCGCUUUGUGAUUCGUCAGUACACUCGUAUAGACCUGAUCCAGAAAUUGCCUUUACCAAACAAAAUGAAAGAUUAUUUGCAAGAGAAACACUACUGAGCCGAGUCGACAGGACGCACCUCGCUUCUUGCACUUUUUAGGAUGUCAUAACAAACAAUCUUUCACACGUUGAAUUCCAUGUUUUUAUAUUUGUGCCGGAGGAAGCAGUGAUGUUUGUUUUUGUUUGUUUGUUCAGUGUUAGAAUAAGUAGCAGAUGUAGUGUAAAGACGGAUGUGUGAGUGAAGUGAACAGAGCGUAUCGCUCCUGCAUGCUCAGUUAGACGUCUGGUAUUAUUUCUGGGGUGAAAUUUAAAUUCAGGAGCAAAUCCACUUACAAGGCAAGGCUAAGAGUUUGUUUUAAUUUGAACACAUUUCCCACAACGUGAACUAACAAAUAAUCGUUGGGUCCGAGGCAUUACUGUGCUGUUUUGCCUUAUGACUUAUUUUUUAUUUAUUAAUUUUUUACUUUUUUAUUACAAUAAGCACACUAAUAAGCUACAAACCCGUCACAUUUCACUUUUCUUUGCUAAAGAAAGAAACUUGGGAUAAAAUAUGAUGUCACAGGUGUUUUACAGUGUUUGGUUUUCCAGGGGUUUGAUAACAGAAGAGAACGUUUUGAGUUAUGUUAUGAAUCUAAAGACAUUUUUAUCAACUGUGAGUGAAACCUGAAGCAGGCUGAAGAUGUUACACAGUUUAGAGAAAGAGCUAAAUUGUAACACCAAAUACUUUCAGAAAGAGUCGUUUAUCACAAAAUUCAGAUCCGAGCAUCUCCAUCUUUCAGAACAUGUUCUAUUUGUUUCUUUUUAUCACAUCGAUGUCUCUUUAAAAAGUAACGGAUUGUCAUUCGACGCAUAUCUUUUAGGUAUAAAUGAAUAAAUAAGGAAUUCAUGUUACAAGAACACAUCUAGCUAGCAGCAGUGCUAGUAAAAUUGAAUAGCUUAGCUACGUUCUAAAUAAUUUAAACACACAGGUGUUGUUGCAUCAUGCUUGUGGCGAACUCGUUUUAUUUGCGUGCUGUGUGCUAAAUUUUAAUUAGUACUAAAAUGAAUCUCAAGCUCAACAUUGGCCAGGCUAAAAGCGAUAGGCAUAAUAACGUUGGGUGUAAAUAAGUCCCUGAAUAUUUCUUACAGAAUUUAAACAUUCCUUUAAAUUUUCUCAAGCAGAUUCCUCUGUGUUCCAAACCUCUGUGUUUUCUGUGAAAAUGGAAAUCCCAUAAUGCACUGCAACAUAUUAGCGUCUUCAAUGGUAAUGAAGUGUAAACUCCUCUGUCCUGAAGUUGUGGGAAAACUUCAUGUUCCAGCUUUACCUCUGACUGGUACAUACUGGUGACACUGGUUUCCAGUAUAAAUUUUACAGGAAACUUCAUCAGCCACAUGAACAGUUUUUAAAAAAAAAAUUGUUUAUCAUCAGUGGAGCGCUUGCUGUAUGUCAAUUCAUCAACACCUUCUGACCAAUCAGAGUCCAGAACUCAGCAGCUCUGUGAUGUCAUGGUGCUCUAACUCUAACUGAAAAGUAUUAUGGGAUGUCCCAGACACAUGCUGCCUAAAUUAAUACUGGAUUUAGUCUCCAAUUCUGUCACAUAUGAAGGGAAAAGGAUUGAUAUGAAAAUCUAAUGUAGAAUGACACAUGCUGUUUCUGUUGCGGGGUCAUGUGAUUUAACACCUUUUUGUUGGUGUGAUGAGUUUCCUGUAGUUUUAUUACAUGUAGGUGAAAGACUGUGUUGAUGGUCAUGUGCUCAUAUUACACAUUUACAUCACCACAAUGCGAAACAUUGAAAAACAUUUUAUGUUCACAGUGAGUAACAAUGGCAUCAUUUGGUGUUUAUAACAAUAGAUUUAAAAUAAAACUAUCAGAAGCACAUCUAAGUCAUGUGUAGAGUUCAUGAUGACAUCACACAGAAUUUUGACCUUGUCCUUAAACUCUUCCUCAUUAUUGGUACUUAUUAUUUUCCUCAACUGUAUCCCGGGCUUGUGUAGGAGCGACGUGACGUCGGCGUCUCUGUCCUGUGGAUGAUGGAUGUACAUAUGAACGUCUGUCUCGCUGCUCGUCUCUGUUUUGAUCCGUGGUGUUCUACGUGAGCGCUGAUGCUCGUAUGAUGCAUUACAGUGGCUUAUCUCUUUACUUGAAUACGUGUUUUGCUUUGCUCUGAGGUUAAAGUGCGAUCAUUUGAUUUGUUUCUCCUUUCACGAUGAUUUAGUUUGUUCGCUGCUCACAACAUAAUCAACACCUUCACUUAGUGUUCCGCUCACUAACCGCUCAGCUUGGGUCAAAACUCAACUCCUGCGCUGUUGGACAUCACAUAAUGUUAACUAGCUAAAGAAAAUUAGAGGGACGAUUUCUAGUGAUUCGUAAAAAACAAUAUAUAUAACACACUGAUGCAUGUUAGAACGCUGUUGUGGGCGGAGCUUUGGUACAGUUUCAACACAUGGUGAAAUAUCUCGCUCACUUUUCAUUCUGUAUCAUUGUUGUACUUGUUUUUAUAUCUGUUGCUUUUUUUUAACCGCAAGGUUGUAUUUUAAAGCUGCAGUAUGUAAAUCUUUAGCAUUUGAAGACCACUUUGUUGACAUGACCCCCAAAUUUUUGUGAUUAAUAUGAUUUAGAUCUAAACAUUGAAGUUGUUCCUGAAAGCUCAUGUUUGAAUCUGGGAAAUGUUCGCACCACUAAAGGCUAAAUCUACUCAGAUUUCCGACACAGCGACUUCGAUGUUCGCCACAUUUCAAGUUAUUUUCCAAUUUAAAAAAAACAAUCCUUAACAGUCAACAAUGACAAAAAGAUGAAUGAAUGUGCUGCAGCUUUAAAAUAACGCUGUGUUCAUAGUGUCAUUGUGGUGAAUUUUAACUGGAAAGUGAAGAAUUUGUCCGUGUUUUGUUCCUCUCCACCUUUUUACGAUGACUCUUAUUCUAGAACUAUAUACGAGGUUCAUUUCUAAACAGUUUUUCAAAAUACGGACAGCUGUGUUUAUGCUGCUUUAUAAACGUGAGCACAAUAACGCUACCUGUGAAGACGUCUUCAUCACGAGCGUCUUAAACACAAGGGCACAGAAACAUUAAACUUCUCACCAGAACCACGUUUAAAGUGAAGAUUUCGCUGUCGGGUAAUUCUAAGUGUGUUUAUCAGCACAAACCCGGCUGAAGGCUGAUGUUUUCUGGCUUUAGGGAAUGGAGAAAAGUUUUUGGGAUUUUACACGUUUUGUUCUUGUUGGUACUUUUUGUUUUUUGUUCUUUUCUUGUGUUUGACUUCACGGCUGUUCUACGGUCCAUGUGGUUUUACAUCUAAAUGUAUGAAUAUUUUGGGAGGAAAUUUUUGGUCAUGGUGGAAAGUCAAAGGUGCGAAUGUCACGUUGUGUUUUUUUGUUCCAUUAACACAUAUCUGGGAAGUAGCUGUCCAUAUUUUCAGAUGUUUUCACAGGAAUUUUAGAUCUUGGAAAAGGAAAACUGUUUGCUGUUUUUUAUUAUUGCACAUUUGGAGCUAAAUGUUUUAUAUCUACUCUGAAAUGUAAAUAAAAAAAGACUUAUUCUCAA